AUGGAAUUGCAGGAGAUGUUUCGUUACGGAUACAUGUUCCCGCCGCGUGAGGACGAGCCGCUCGCAGCCUGCGCGUACCUGGAUCUGCCGAAUUACACGAAGACCAGCAAGAUCGGUCUGCCGCCCAUGAGCACCCUGGCCGUGCCGCAGAGUCUCGUUUAUGACAGCAGCAACUGCAGCGACGGCUGGCACACGCCGAGUCCCACCGCCAGUCUGCGAUCCGUCAGUCCGGCCACGACGUUGUCGAUCUCGUCGGAACCAGAGACUCUCAACAGCGCGCCGUCGACGUAUCGGCUGCUGACCUCGGUCGGCAAGGACAAGAGGACCUCGUCGACGAUCGGGCUGAACAACCUCGGUCAUAAACGGUUGCGGGUCAGCGCGAUGGACCAUCUCGUGACCGAGGAGAUGGUCAAUUUGGACGGCGAGCGAGAGGAUCCCGAGGAGACGCUCGUCCUGGAUGCCGACAAAACGCAGUCCUGUCACGGCAGCGUCAUCAGCAACUCCAGCCUGUCCGACAGAAUAAUGGACGGUGACAGUGAAGACGACGAGGAGAUCAGCGAGGACGGAGUGGACCAUCCGGAGAACGCGAACGUCACUUCCGGCGAGCGUGACGCGGUCCGCAGACGAGGCAAGUACGUCAACUCGACCAUCGUCCGGAAACGUCGGCUGGCCGCCAACGCGCGCGAGAGGAGACGAAUGCAGAACCUGAACAAGGCUUUCGACAGACUCCGCGCUUACUUGCCGUCUCUGGGCAAUGAUAGGCAGUUGUCCAAGUAUGAGACGUUGCAGAUGGCUCAAUCUUACAUUACUGCGCUUUACGAUCUGCUACAGUGA